ACCAUAGCAACAAUAACCGACUCAGGCUGCCAGAAUGUAAAGCUAAUUACCAAACCGUUUCCUAAUUACAAACCGGUCUGAACGGCGGAAGAUGCACAACACUGAAGCUUUUAAGACCUUUCUGACAGAAACUUUCCAUACUGCACUCCUAGGUUCAUUGAGCGUUUACCAAAGAUAAUGGAGGUGAAGUCUGGGAAGCAUCAGGUGGGCUCGGUUAACGGGCCAAAGCGGGAAGCUACCGUAUCGUUAUCCUGGUGCGAGACUCCGAAGUUGAUCAGGAAGGAUGCUUCGCUCCGCCGUCGCCUGCUCGUCUCUCGCUCCUCUUCUGAAGCUACGCCUGGAGACGUCUCCAGAGAUCACCUGACCCGCGAGACCUUCGACUCUCCAGACCUCACCCCGACCGGGCCUUUGUCUUACAGCACUUUAAAAGCGGACGAUUUUGUGUUCUCCUGUCGCAAGCGGCGUCUCCUGUUCUCCCAGGUCAUCACAUCCACUCUGGAGACCGGCAGGAGCGGCGUUCACUUGAGCCCGAUGCCAUUCCAGAACCAGGCCCUCGCUGAGCCGGAUCUGGAUGAGAGCAUCAUAGCCGGUCUCUCCAUCUCUCCACAAACCGACGACUUCACGCCGCUGACCGCCAAGGCCUUCCGCUCGCCCGAGAGAGCAGACACGUCCUCCCUCACGCCCGCCUCCGAGGACAGCGGCUUCAGCUCGUUGGGUCUGGAUAAAUCGCACGACUCCUCGGUGGACCACGACGGCUCCUUCCAGGAGCUGGUGCUGCCGUCGGGUUCUUGCGGGAGAGACAAGAGACGCUCGCGGCUGGAGAGACAGCGCAGACUGUCCACGCUCCGAGAGGGAGGCUCGCAGUCGGAGGACGGGCCCAAGAGCCAGCGCUUUGAGACUCGCGCGAGCAAAGACGAGGUGUUUCUGGACGGGACUCCGCUGAGCGCCGUCACGCUGAAGAUGCAGGACCUGUCUCUGACCCCGGCGCUGCAGGCCGUUCACGCCAUUAGCCUUCGUGGCUCGCAGAAGACCAGUUUAGAGGAGCUGCUCCGAGACGGGCCCGUCGCUACCAGCCUGCCGCUCGCGGGACUCAUCGGACGAAAAAUGGGCCUCGACAAGGUGGACGUCAUCUCAGAGCUGAGGAUGAGAAACCUGAGACACGUGCUAGCGGUUAUCUUGAGUCUCCUGUCUGCCGCUGAGCUCUACAGGUUUGGACAGGUGUCUGAUGACUGGAACGACGUCGUCUCAGAAGAUAAGAAAGCUGCUCACAGGAGAAGAAGCCACAUCCGAGAGCUCAAGAUCACACUGGAGGGAGGCAGAGCGGCUCAUGUUCCUGAUGCAGACACCAGGUCAGCGCUGGCGUGCCGCUCGGCUCUGGGCAGUGUGCAGGCUCAGGCCCGGACGCCCCACACACACACGCCCUGCACCCCGACCCAGACCAGCUCCAAGCGCAUGCACUUCCUGCAGGUGGCUGAGACUCUGCUGAGGGACGAGUAUCUGCGUCCGUGUCCUCGCUGUGAGCGUCCGGCGCGCUGUCACGGUCUCCGGGGCGAGGGUCAGUGCAGCUGGAGCGGCUGCAGCUUCCGCUUCUGUCUGGCCUGUUCCUGCCCGCUCCACGGAUCCAGAGACUGUGCUCAUCUGUCUGCCAAGCGCCGGAGCAAGAGAGACGUGCUGCCCGGCAGCGCUCAGAGCAAACGUAACGUCCGCCGCCUCUGAGAGAGAGAGAGAGCGCGUGUGUGUGUGUGUGUGAGAGAGUGUUUUUAAUGAUGAACUUCUCAUGAGUUCUGCACUUGUGUACAGCAGUCAUCUCGGUCCUGUGUUUUUGCACGUUUGUACAUAUUGCUCAUUACAUGCUUGUUUUUAUACAUUGUUUUAAAUAAAGCCCUUUUUUUUACCUGUGAAUAGAAGAGAACCCUGUC